UUUUUGGAGUCAAUAUCGUCCCAAUGGUAGCAUCAAAUAGAAGACAAUCGAGUUCAGAUUCAAUACCUUCAAAUCAAAAAUCACACAGCUCUAACCAUCACACUUCUAAUAGCGAUGGAAUGCAAACUCACACGGAUCGACUUAUUAAUAAAUUUAUAAAGAGGCAAAUGGAAAAAUCUUCACCAGAAACUCAACAUCUUGUCAGAAAGCAAUCUAUUUUAAAAUUUGUUGAACGAAAGUCUAGAGCGGAAAGACCGAAGCCAACGAAAUUACGAACAAUUUUGAGAAAGAUUCGAAAAUUUAAUACAAUAAUUGCAUUUGUGGUUCUUGUUGCAUAUAUAAUUGGUGGAGCUCUCUUGUUUUGGCAGAUUGAAUCGAGAUCUGAUAUGAAUAUUAAUGAGUUCAAAAGAAAUAUUCGUCAGAAAUCAAUACACAUCUACAAUUCAAUGAAAGGUAGCAAGUGUGGAAAAUUGAAAAAGGCAGAUAAUGAGUUGAACAACAAUUGUAUAAAAGAAAUUUUUGACCUACUCUACGCUUCAAACCCUCCAAAGCAUAUAGAAGAGUUUCUGGAUGGGCUGGCUUAUGUAAUCACUUGUAUUACGACAAUAGGGUACGGCGAACUUGUCUGUCACACAAUUGCCGGUAAAUUGGUUACUGUAGCUUAUGGUAUUAUAGGAAUUGCUCUAACACUCUACGUACUUCGCAACAAUGGAAAAAUAACGUUGAAAAUAUGCAAUUUGACACUCAAAAUUUUUGCAAUUUGCGUUCGAAAAUGUGGCAAAAAGUCGGCAAAGUAUAAGAUGACAGUACUGAAAGCUUUUAUUCUUCUUGUCACAUUUUGGGGCUUCGGAGCACUUGCAAUUGCUGUCUAUGAGGAGUUUGUAUUCUAUGAUGCCUUGUACUUUUCUUUCAGUACAUUUUCAACUAUUGGAUUUGGAGAUUUUGUUCCGUCAGGUCAUAUCUCUGGAACUAUUAUUUGUGUAUUACACUUUAUCGAUUUAUCACUGAUUUCAAUGGUUUUAGUUCUCGUUCAUCAUUCGAUGGAAAACAGAUUUAUGAGAGUUUUGGAGCUCUUCGAUGAACGGCAUGCUACCGACACUUUAGAAACAAAUAUGAUAUCACCUGGUGCUUCUCAACGGAAACUUGCUGCAACGACUACAGCGAAGGAAUGAUUUCGAUCCAGUGAUCAUAAUUGAUAUCAGAUUAUUCUCAAAAUUUAAAAUAUCUCUUUGCUUAUUACAAUUUUUAUUGAUAUUCUUUUUGUGGUUUAAUUCUUAUUCUUUUUCGUCAUUAAGAGAAUGAAGAAAUUACAA